UUCAUUUGUUCUUCCUGCCACAAAGCUAAGCUCCAAGCUUGGCGCAUUGGUUCCCAUGGCGAUCGUGGACGCGUCUACCGGGCCAGCCGUCAUCGUCGCCGUCGCGGUGGUGGUGGUCGUCGUCUCGACGUUGCUGUGGACGGCGAUGGCGCAGCUGGUGUGGAGGCCGUACGCGGUGGGGAGGGCGCUCGGCCAGCAGGGUGUCCGCGGGCCGGCGUACCGGCUCCUGGUCGGCAACAUCGGCGAGGCGAACGAGAUGCGCGCGGCGGCGAGCGGCGGCGUGCUCGACCGGCGCUGCCACGACGUCGUCCCGCGCGUGCUGCCGCACUACCGCGCCUGGAUGUCGCGCUACGGCAAGGUGUUCGUCUCGUGGACCGGCCCCUUCCCGGCGCUCUGCGUCGGCGACUACGCCAUGGCGAAGGAGAUCCUCGCCGACCGGACGGGGCUGUACGCCAAGCCGGACCCCGGGGCGAGCAUCCUGGCGCUGUUCGGCAACGGCCUCGCCUUCGUCAACGGCGACGACUGGGCGCGCCACCGCCGCGUCGUGCACCCGGCGUUCGCCAUGGACAAGCUCAAGAUGAUGGCCAAGACGAUGGCGGAGUGCGCGCGGAAGGUGAUCCAGGCGUGGGAGGCGCGUGCCGCGGCAGCGGCCGACGGCGAGCGGAUGGUGCAGGUGGAGGUCGGGGAGCAGUUCCACGAGCUGACCGCCGACGUGAUCUCGCACACGGCGUUCGGCAGCAGCUACAGACAAGGGAAGGAGGUGUUCGUCGCGCAGCGGGAGCUCCAGUACAUCGCCAUGUCCGCCCUCAACAGCGUCCGCAUCCCGGGCAGCCAAUACAUCCCGACGAAGGCGAACAUUCGCCGGCGACAGCUCGCCAAGAAGGUGAGAGGCACGCUCAUGGCGAUCAUACGCGAACGCCAGGCCACCGCCGCCGCCGCCAAGGAGGACAGGGGAUACGGCAACGACCUCCUCGGCCUGAUGCUCGAGGCCAACGCGGCGGCCGGCGGCGGCGAGAAGAGCAUGACCAUGGACGAGAUCGUCGACGAGUGCAAGACCUUCUUCUUCGCCGGCCACGACACCACCUCGCACCUCCUCACCUGGGCCAUGUUCCUCCUCGGAACGCACCCCGAGUGGCAGCAGCGCCUCCGCGAGGAGGUCCUCCGUGAAUGCUGCGGCGGCGGAGGCGGCGACACGGAGGCGCUCCCCAACGGCGACGCUCUCAACAAGCUCAAGCUGAUGACGAUGGUGCUGUACGAGACGCUGCGGCUGUACGGGCCGGUGAGCAUGCUGGUGAGGACGGCGACGGCGGACGCGGAGCUCGGCGGCGUGCGGGUGCCGAAGGGCACGAUGACGAUGAUGCCGGUGGCGAUCCUGCACCGCGACGCGGACGUGUGGGGCGCGGACGCCGGCGAGUUCGACCCGCUCCGGUUCCGCGGCGGCGUGAACAAGGCGGCGGCGCACGCCGGCGCGCUGCUGGCCUUCUCGCUGGGGCAGAGGUCGUGCAUCGGGCAGGACUUCGCGAUGAUGGAGGCGAAGACGACGCUGGCCAUGAUCCUCCGGCGCUUCGCCUUCGAGGUCUCACCGGAGUACGUGCACGCGCCGCUCGACUUGCUGACGCUUCAGCCCAAGUGCGGGCUCCCAAUGGUGCUCAAGCUCUUGGAUCAAUAGAACGUGUAGAACCUUUGGUCGCUAAUUUCUCGGGCAUUUUCUAUGGGAUUGUGUUCGCAACAUUUGAUUGAAAGACCUGCCUCAAAAUCUUGUAAAUUCUAUACCAUUCGAUUAUUUUAA